AUGUGCUCUGAUCUGAAGAUUAGUGCAAACCACAAGAAAAAGAUGCCAGGUGAAAAAGGUGAAGUUUCACACAGCCACAUAGCCCAACCCACAGCCACACCUACAGCUCAAGGUAUCACUUCUGUCCUCCACAUAGCCCAACCCACAGCCACACCUACAGCUCAAGGUAUCACUUCUGUCCCCCACAUAGCCCAACCCACAGCCACACCUACAGCUCAAGGUAUCACUUCUGUCCCCCACAUAGCCCAACCCACAGCCACACCUACAGCUCAAGGUAUCACUUCUGUCCCCCACAUAGCCCAACCCACAGCCACACCUACAGCUCAAGGUAUCACUUCUGUCCCCCACAUAGCCCAACCCACAGCCACACCUACAGCUCAAGGUAUCACUUCUGUCCCCCACAUAGCCCAACCCACAGCCACACCUACAGCUCAAGGUAUCACUUCUGUCCCCCACAUAGCCCAACCCACAGCCACACCUACAGCUCAAGGUAUCACUUCUGUCCCCCACAUAGCCCAACCCACAGCCAAACCUACAGCUCAAGGUAUCACUUCUGUCCCCCACAUAGCCCAACCCACAGCCACACCUACAGCUCAAGGUAUCACUUCUGUCCCCCACAUAGCCCAACCCACAGCCACACCUACAGCUCAAGGUAUCACUUCUGUCCCCCACAUAGCCCAACCCACAGCCACACCUACAGCUCAAGGUAUCACUUCUGUCCCCCACAUAGCGCAACCCACAGCCACACCUACAGCUCAAGGUAUCACUUCUGUCCCCCACAUAGCCCAACCCACAGCCACACCUACAGCUCAAGGUAUCACUUCUGUCCCCCACAUAGCCCAACCCACAGCCACACCUACAGCUCAAGGUAUCACUUCUGUCCCCCACAUAGCCCAACCCACAGCCACACCUACAGCUCAAGGUAUCACUUCUGUCCCCCACAUAGCCCAACCCACAGCCACACCUACAGCUCAAGGUAUCACUUCUGUCCCCCACAUAGCCCAACCCAAAGCCACACCUACAGCUCAAGGUAUCACUUCUGUCCCCCACAUAGCCCAACCCACAGUCACACCUACACCUCAAGGUAUCACUUCUGUCCCCCACAUAGCCCAACCCACAGUCACACCUACACCUCAAGGUAUCACUUCUGUCCCCCACAUAGCCCAACCCACAGCCACACCUACAGCUCAAGGUAUCACUUCUGUCCCCCACAUAGCCCAACCCACAGUCACACCUACACCUCAAGGUAUCACUUCUGUCCCCCACAUAGCCCAACCCACAGCCACACCUACAGCUCAAGGUAUCACUUCUGUCCCCCACAUAGCCCAACCCACAGCCACACCUACAGCUCAAGGUAUCACUUCUGUCCCCCACAUAGCCCAACCCACAGCCACACCUACAGCUCAAGGUAUCACUUCUGUCCCCCACAUAGCCCAACCCACAGCCACACCUACAGCUCAAGGUAUCACUUCUGUCCCCCACAUAGCCCAACCCACAGCCACACCUACAGCUCAAUGUAUCACUUCUGUCCCCCACAUAACCCAACCCACAGCCACACCUACACCUCAAGGUAUCACUUCUGUCCCCCACAUAGCCCAACCCACAGCCACACCUACAGCUCAAGGUAUCACUUCUGUCCCCCACAUAGCCCAACCCACAGCCACACCUACAGCUCAAGGUAUCACUUCUGUCCCCCACAUAGCCCAACCCACAGCCACACCUACAGCUCAAGGUAUCACUUCUGUCCCCCACAUAGCCAAACCCACAGCCACACCUAGAGCUCAAGGUAUCACUUCUGUCCCCCACAUAGCCCAACCCACAGCCACACCUACAGCUCAAGGUAUCACUUCUGUCCCCCACAUAGCCCAACCCACAGCCACACCUACAGCUCAAGGUAUCACUACUGUCCCCCACAUAGCCCAACCCACAGCCACACCUACAGCUCAAGGUAUCACUUCUGUCCCCCACAUAGCCCAACCCAAAGCCACACCUACAGCUCAAGGUAUCACUUCUGUCCCCCACAUAGCCCAACCCACAGCCACACCUACAGCUCAAGGUAUCACUUCUGUCCCCCACAUAGCCCAACCCACAGCCACACCUACAGCUCAAGGUAUCACUUCUGUCCGCCACAUAGCCCAACCCACAGCCACACCUACAGCUCAAGGUAUCACUUCUGUCCCCCACAUAGCCCAACCCACAGCCACACCUACAGCUCAAGGUAUCACUUCUGUCCCCCACAUAGCCCAACCCACAGCCACACCUACAGCUCAAGGUAUCACUUCUGUCCCCCACAUAGCCCAACCCACAGCCACACCUACAGCUCAAGGUAUCACUUCUGUCCCCCACAUAGCCCAACCCACAGCCACACCUACAGCUCAAGGUAUCACUUCUGUCCCCCACAUAGCCCAACCCACAGCCACACCUACAGCUCAAGGUAUCACUUCUGUCCCCCACAUAGCCCAACCCACAUCCACACCUACAGCUCAAGGUAUCACUUCUGUCCCCCACAUAGCCCAACCCACAGCCACACCUACAGCUCAAGGUAUCACUACUGUCCCCCACAUAGCCCAACCCGCAGCCACACCUACAGCUCAAGGUAUCACUUCUGUCCCCCACAUAGCCCAACCCACAGCCACACCUACAGCUCAAGGUAUCACUUCUGUCCCCCACAUAGCCCAACCCACAGCCACACCUACAGCUCAAGGUAUCACUUCUGUCCCCCACAUAGCCCAACCCACAGCCACACCUACAGCUCAAGGUAUCACUUCUGUCCCCCACAUAGUCCAACCCACAGCCACACCUACAGCUCAAGGUAUCACUUCUGUCCCCCACAUAGCCCAACCCACAGCCACACCUACAGCUCAAGGUAUCACUUCUGUCCCCCACAUAGCCCAACCCACAGCCACACCUACAGCUCAAGGUAUCACUUCUGCCACCCACAUAGCCCAACCCACAGCCACACCUACACCUCAAGGUAUCACUUCUGUCCCCCACAUAGCCCAACCCACAGCCACACCUACAGCUCAAGGUAUCACUUCUGUCCCCCACAUAGCCCAACCCACAGCCACACCUACAGCUCAAUGUAUCACUUCUGUCCCCCACAUAACCCAACCCACAGCCACACCUACACCUCAAGGUAUCACUUCUGUCCCCCACAUAGCCCAACCCACAGCCACACCUACAGCUCAAGGUAUCACUUCUGUCCCCCACAUAGCCCAACCCACAGCCACACCUACAGCUCAAGGUAUCACUUCUGUCCCCCACAUAGCCCAACCCACAGCCACACCUACAGCUCAAGGUAUCACUUCUGUCCCCCACAUAGCCAAACCCACAGCCACACCUAGAGCUCAAGGUAUCACUUCUGUCCCCCACAUAGCCCAACCCACAGCCACACCUACAGCUCAAGGUAUCACUUCUGUCCCCCACAUAGCCCAACCCACAGCCACACCUACAGCUCAAGGUAUCACUACUGUCCCCCACAUAGCCCAACCCACAGCCACACCUACAGCUCAAGGUAUCACUUCUGUCCCCAACAUAGCCCAACCCACAGCCACACCUACAGCUCAAGGUAUCACUUCUGUCCCCCACAUAGCCCAACCCACAGCCACACCUACAGCUCAAGGUAUCACUUCUGUCCCCCACAUAGCCCAACACACACCCACAGCUACAGCUCAAGGUAUCACUUCUGUCCCCCACAUAGCCCAACCCACAGCCACACCUACAGCUCAAGGUAUCACUUCUGUCCCCCACAUAGCCCAACCCACAGCCACACCUACAGCUCAAGGUAUCACUUCUGUCCCCCACAUAGCCCAACCCACAGCCACACCUACAGCUCAAGGUAUCACUUCUGUCCCCCACAUAGCCCAACACACACCCACAGCUACAGCUCAAGGUAUCACUUCUGUCCCCCACAUAGCCCAACCCACAGCCACACCUACAGCUCAAGGUAUCACUUCUGUCCCCCACAUAGCCCAACCCACAGCCACACCUACAGCUCAAGGUAUCACUUCUGUCCCCCACAUAGCCCAACCCACAGCCACACCUACAGCUCAAGGUAUCACUUCUGUCCCCCACAUAGCCCAACCCACAGCCACACCUACAGCUCAAGGUAUCACUUCUGUCCCCCACAUAGCCCAACCCACAGCCACACCUACAGCUCAAGGUAUCACUUCUGUCCCCCACAUAGCCCAACCCACAGCCACACCUACAGCUCAAGGUAUCACUUCUGUCCCCCACAUAGCCCAACCCACAGCCACACCUACACCUCAAGGUAUCACUUCUGUCUCCCACAUAGCCCAACCCACAGCCACACCUACAGCUCAAGGUAUCACUUCUGUCCCCCACAUAGCCCAACCCACAGCCACACCUACAGCUCAAGGUAUCACUUCUGUCCCCCACAUAGCCCAACCCACAGCCACACCUACAGCUCAAGGUAUCACUACUGUCCCCCACAUAGCCCAACCCACAGCCACACCUACAGCUCAAGGUAUCACUUCUGUCCCCCACAUAGCCCAACCCACAGCCACACCUACAGCUCAAGGUAUCACUUCUGUCCCCCACAUAGCCCAACCCACAGCCACACCUACAGCUCAAGGUAUCACUACUGUCCCCCACAUAGCCCAACCCACAGCCACACCUACAGCUCAAGGUAUCACUACUGUCCCCCACAUAGCCCAACCCAAAGCCACACCUACAGCUCAAGGUAUCACUUCUGUCCCCCACAUAGCCCAACCCACAGCCACACCUACAGCUCAAGGUAUCACUUCUGUCCCCCACAUAGCCCAACCUACAGCCACACCUACAGCUCAAGGUAUCACUUCUGUCCCCCACAUAGCCCAACCCACAGCCACACCUACAGCUCAAGGUAUCACUACUGUCCCCCACAUAGCCCAACCCACAGCCACACCUACAGCUCAAGGUAUCACUUCUGUCCCCCACAUAGCCCAACCCACAGCCACACCUACAGCUCAAGGUAUCACUUCUGUCCCCCACAUAGCCCAACCCACAGCCACACCUACAGCUCAAGCCCAACCCACAGCCACACCUACAGCUCAAGGUAUCACUUCUGUCCCCCACAUAGCCCAACCCAAAGCCACACCUACAGCUCAAGGUAUCACUUCUGUCCCCCACAUAGCCCAACCCACAGCCACACCUACAGCUCAAGGUAUCACUUCUGUCCCCCACAUAGCCCAACCCACAGCCACACCUACAGCUCAAGGUAUCACUUCUGUCCGCCACAUAGCCCAACCUACAGCCACACCUACAGCUCAAGGUAUCACUUCUGUCCCCCACAUAGCCCAACCCACAGCCACACCUACAGCUCAAGCUAUCACUUCUGUCCCCCACAUAGCCCAACCCACAGCCACACCUACAGCUCAAGGUAUCACUUCUGUCCCCCACAUAGCCCAACCCACAGCCACACCUACAGCUCAAGGUAUCACUACUGUCCCCCACAUAGCCCAACCCACAGCCACACCUACAGCUCAAGGUAUCACUUCUGUCCCCCACAUAGCCCAACCCACAGCCACACCUACAGCUCAAGGUAUCACUACUGUCCCCCACAUAGCCCAACCCACAGCCACACCUACAGCUCAAGGUAUCACUUCUGUCCCCCACAUAGCCCAACCCACAGCCACACCUACAGCUCAAGGUAUCACUUCUGUCCCCCACAUAGCCCAACCCACAGCCACACCUACAGCUCAAGGUAUCACUACUGUCCCCCACAUAGCCCAACCCACAGCCACACCUACAGCUCAAGGUAUCACUACUGUCCCCCACAUAGCCCAACCCAAAGCCACACCUACAGCUCAAGGUAUCACUUCUGUCCCCCACAUAGCCCAACCCACAGCCACACCUACAGCUCAAGGUAUCACUUCUGUCCCCCACAUAGCCCAACCUACAGCCACACCUACAGCUCAAGGUAUCACUUCUGUCCCCCACAUAGCCCAACCCACAGCCACACCUACAGCUCAAGGUCUAACUUUUUCUGCAUUCAAACAAAAUACCCAAAGGGCUGAAAAUGGGUUCAAAAGGUUGCAGAUUGUGCUCAACGACUCCAGAGAGAGUCACCACACAGCAACUCACCACACACCAAUUCACCACACAGCAACUCACCACACAUCAGCUCACCACACAGCAACUCACCACACAGAAAUUCACCACACAUCAGCUCACCACACAGCAACUCACCACACAGCAGCUCUCCACACAGCAACUCAUUACACAACAAUUCACUCCACAUCAACUCACCACACUGCAACUCACCACACAACAAUUCACCACACAUCAGCUCACCACACAACAAUUCACCACACAGCAGCUCUCCACACAACAACUCACCACACAACAAUUCACCACACAUCAGCUCACCACACAUCAGCUCACCACACAACAAGUCACCACACAGCAGCUCUCCACACAGCAACUCACCACACAACAAUUUACCACACAUCAGCUCACCACACAUCAGCUCACCAUACAACAAUUCACCACACAUCAGCUCACCACACAGCAAUUCACCCCACAUCAACUCACCACAUAACAACUCACCACACAAAAAUUCACCCCACAUCAACUCACCACACAGCAACUCACCACACAACUAUUCACCACACAUCAGCUCACCACACAGCAACUCAUUACGCAGCAAUUCACCCCACAUCAACUCACCACACUGCAACUCACCACACAUCAACUUACCACACAUCAGCUCAACACCCUGCCACUCAAUAA